AUGAUCAGCGCCCUCGUUAGCAAUUGUAGCUCUUGGAGCUUUUCAGAACGGAAACACAUUGAUGGUCAGGUGGUGCUGAUUACUGGUUCCGGGAAUGGUCUUGGACGACUAAUAGCGCUGAAUUUUGUUUCAACUGGCUGCAAAUUGGUAUUGUGGGAUAUUGAUGAGAAAGCCAAUGCGGAAACAAAACGACUGUGCGAGGAUCUAGGUGCUGAGGUGUACGUCUUUCGAGUGGACAUGUCGCAACGACAGGAAAUUUACGCAGCAGCGGACCGAGUCUUCAGUGAAAUAGGAGAAGUCGAUAUUGUCGUCAAUAAUGCAGGUGUAGCCCAUGAAUAUGGGGAUUUUCUGAACAAAACUGAUGACCUGAUAGAGAAGACGGUUCAUAUCAACAUGAUAGCUCAUAUGUGGAUGGCAAAAGCGUUUCUGCCUCGCAUGGUCGAACGAAACGCUGGUCACAUUGUCUGCAUUUGCUCAUUGGCGGGAGUUGUAGGAACUAGAGAACUCGCGGACUACUCAGCGUCAAAAUUCGGUGCCUUCGGAUUCCAGGUGAGCGCUAUUGUUGGCGCCAGCGAAAGUACUGAAUAUUGCAUAGAUAGGUGCGACGCGACUUCACAAAUCUUGGGACGUUCGGUGACCAUGAUGGCGACGUUAAGUCUUUCGGAAACACAUCCCGCAAUGACCUGA